AUGCUAGCAAACGUCAUGUCCACCCCGUACCCUGCAGACUUCCAAUCGAAUGCAAGUCUGAAGCAGAACAUCACAUCGGUCGAUUCAGAGAACUGGAUCCAAAUUUCUUUAGCAUUGAAAGGAUCAAUAUUUGGAACGAUCAUCAUUAGUGCUGUCUUGGGCAAUGCCUUAGUCAUCAUCUCUGUGCACAGAAAUAGGAAAUUAAGGGUGAUUACUAAUUAUUAUGUUGUCAGUCUAGCGAUGGCUGAUAUGUUGGUUGCUCUAUGUGCGAUGACUUUCAAUGCCUCAGUGGAACUGAGUGGUAGAUGGCUAUUUGGGUAUUUUAUGUGUGAUGUAUGGAAUUCCUUGGAUGUAUACUUUUCGACAGCAUCCAUUUUGCAUCUGUGUUGCAUAUCAGUGGAUAGAUACUAUGCUAUAGUACGUCCUUUGGAAUAUCCAAUAACGAUGACCCAUAGAACAGUUUGUUUCAUGUUGGCUAACGUUUGGUUUCUACCAGCUUUGAUUAGUUUUACACCAAUAUUUCUGGGAUGGUACACGACUACGGAUCACCAAUUGUACAGGCAGAAACAUCCUGAUAUUUGUAUAUUCGUAGUGAACAAGUAUUAUGCUAAUUCAUCUUGCGUGUCGUUCUGGAUACCUGGUGUGGUGAUGAUUGUAAUGUAUUAUAAGAUUUACAAGGAAGCGAUAAGACAACGAAAGGCUUUAUCCAGGACGAGUUCAAAUAUAGUUUUAAACUCUGUCCAUCUUCAUCACACGAGACAUGCGAUGCACCAUUCUCACCAUAUGCACUAUUUGCACCCAAGUGACUGCGACAUUAACCUGACCAUCAAGCAGAUGGAAAACAGAAGAGAAAGCAGGAGUAGUAUGAGUGAGCUGGAUGUUCCAGGCAGGCGCAGGGAUGAUGACACAGGUAUGAAUAAUAACAGUGGCACGCAGAGGGCCUCGGAAUUGAACUUUAAUGGUUCUUCGACGGCUCAUAGACCUCCAAAAAGUUGGAGAGCUGAGCACAAAGCAGCUCGUACUUUAGGAAUUAUUAUGGGAGUUUUUCUUAUUUGUUGGCUGCCAUUCUUUUUGUGGUACGUGAUCACGACCCUCUGCGGAGAUUCGUGUCCGUGUCCUGAUGUGGUGGUGGCGACACUAUUUUGGAUUGGAUACUUUAACUCUGCACUCAACCCACUGAUCUACGCUUAUUUCAAUCGAUUCCGCGAAGCUUUCAAAAAUACCCUGAAAUGCGUCUUUCCUUGUGCAGUUCGUCAGAAGGAUUCCUCGCAUCUGCGUUAUGUAUAG